GAAGAGAUGGCGGACGAGCGCUUCCAAACAGACAACAGCGUCUCCACUAAACAGCACCCCAAGCAGCAGCUCUCCAAAGCAAUGGAGCACAUGCGCUUCGCCGUAACCGUCGACCCCGUCACCUCCACCCCGACCGGAUCCACACCACCUACAGAAAGCACGACGGAGAACGACGCAUACGGCGUCCCAGCCGCCAUCCAACCCCUCCGUAACCCCGCCUCGCGCUCCCACGACCCCUCCAACAACCAGAAACGCAGCGACCCCUUCUCCUUCGGCUCGCGCAUCCUGGAAGAAGGUGACAACAUCUUCGAGUUCAACGCGUGGGACAACGUCUCCGUCGACGACACCUACAAGGCCUUUUCUGAAGACCAGUUCUCGAAACAGCGCGCGGACCCGGUUUCGGACUUUGACAGGAAGCGCUUCAACGACAACCCCGAGAAAUGGUGGAACACAUUCUACAAGAACAACAAGACAAACUUCUUCAAGAACAGGAAAUGGCUCGCGCAGGAAUUUCCGAUCCUGAGCGAGAUAGGCAGGCCCGACGCACCAGCCGCGACGGUGCUAGAAGUCGGCGCCGGCGCAGGAAACUCUGCAUUUCCCAUCCUCCAGAACUCCCAGAACCCGAACCUCAAGAUCCACGCCUGCGACUUCAGCAAGAAAGCCGUUGAGCUCAUCCGCGGCCACGAGCUCUAUGACGAGACCAAAAUCCAGGCCGAUGUCUGGGACGUCGCGGCCUCCCCGGACAGCGAGAACGGCGGGCUGCCCCCAGGGCUCGGCGAGGGCAGUGUGGACGUGGUGCUCAUGAUCUUUAUUUUCUCGGCGCUGAACCCGCGGCAGUGGGACCAGGCGGUGCGGAAUAUCUGGCGCGUGCUGAAGCCCGGCGGGCAGGUGUUAUUCCGGGACUACGGGCGGGGUGAUCUGGCGCAGGUGCGGUUCAAGAAGGGGCGGUGGAUGGAGGAGAAUUUCUACGUGAGGGGGGAUGGGACGAGAGUGUAUUUCUUUGAGCAAGACGAGUUGGAGGAGAUCUGGGGUGGCAGGAAGAGCGCGGGGAGGAACGGCGAGGCG